AUUAAAAAAUAAAUUUAGGACUUCAAAAGGAAAGGAAUUUCUGGAUCCUUCUUUGGUGUAUUUUCUCUCUCCCCAAACAAACCCUCGAAAACUCAGCGAACGGAGACAGAGCUCAGGCUUCGACCAUCAACUUUAGGGUUUUACUUUUUUAAAUUUGAUAAUUCGAUUCUUGAUUGUCCAAAACCCUAAUUUUCAGAUCAGGCCUGAGUGUUGUAGUUGUUUGGCUCUUUCUAUCAGCUAAGUUUCAUGUCUGAUCUUGACGUCCAGAUUCCUACUGCCUUUGAUCCGUUUGCUGAUGCAAAUGCUGAAGACUCUGGUGCUGGUGCCAAGGAGUAUGUGCAUAUUCGUAUUCAGCAGCGGAAUGGUAGGAAAAGCCUGACUACUGUCCAGGGGUUGAAGAAAGAAUUCAGCUAUAACAAAAUUCUCAAGGACCUCAAGAAGGAAUUCUGUUGCAAUGGCACUGUUGUCCAGGACCCUGAGUUAGGGCAGGUUAUUCAACUUCAAGGUGAUCAGAGGAAGAAUGUCUCCACCUUCCUUGUUCAGGCUGGCAUUGUGAAGAAGGAUAGCAUCAAAAUUCAUGGUUUUUAAGUUGCAGCUGCAAAAAUUUCUGGGAGUCUAGCCUCCAGUUCCAAGUCGAAAAUCCUACCUGAUGAACUAUUAGUUAUAUCUGUACUGUUAUAUUACCUCUAUGUUGGUUUGAAACUGAUAUAUACGUCCUGUGUUUCUUGUGCUUUCAACUAUUGGCUUGUGUGAUGUUGAAUGACAAUGGAAACCGUUACUGUUUUUCUAUCACACUGGGUUGUUGCUACAAUCUUGAAGUUAAAACAGCAUGACAUGGUAUUCUCUUUUAAAUUCUAUUUGGCUUUUCAAAGUCCAAUAAUUGAAUUAGUAUUGCAAUAUGUGAUGAGGGAUGGUUUCUUUAAACUUGUGUACAAUUCUUAAGUUGAUA